AUGUCACUUCGAACAACAAAAAAAAAACGUUCAACAACAAAUCAGAGUCGUCAACAACGACGACCACAAUCAGCAAGUAAUCUAUUAGAACAUGGUCAUGUUAUUAAUUUAAAUUCUAAUCAAUGGCUUUUACCAGAAACAAAAGAAUAUUUAAAAAUAAAUGAUAAUAAAGAAAAAGUAAUAUCGGAAACAGAAGAUCAACAUGAAGUAGAAGUUGUACCAACUAAAACAAAAUCAAUCCGAACUCCUUAUAAUGAAGUUAUAUCAUAUUUAAAAAAGAAUAGUUUAGUUGCAAAAGGUUUAACAAUCUUUGAUGUACUUUAUCCAACAUCAUUAACAGUAAGAGAUCCACAUCAUAUUCAAGUUAUAGAUCGUUAUGUUCUUGCUAAAGUUUGGGAUGAUAUAUUACCAUUAACAUAUGGAUCAUAUGUUGGUAAAUUACGGUUAGUAAAUCAUUAUGCUGUUGAUUUAGAAAAAUAUGAAAUUAAAUUAAAAGAACUUAUUACUAAUUAUUAUCAAUUUAUUUCAAAUUUUAUUUGGAAACAUAUAGAUGAAGAUAAUAAACGAAAACUUGGUCCAUAUCUUCACUGGACUAGUUUAUCAAAAGACGAACAAAAUAAAAUUACUGAAGAGAUAAAUAAAGAAGAAUAUACCAGUCAAAGUACAUUGGAAAAUUUUGCUUGGCGAAAGUUGACCGAUCAAGAACAGAAUGCUCUAUUACAAAAACCUGUGGUUUAUGAAGAUAAAAAUCAAACUUUAUUGAAAAAUAUAUUAAAAGAAGCUGAAGCUGAAUCAGCAUUAAAAGGAUUGGCUCGUAUGGAUGUCGAAAUUCAUCGUGCUAUUAAAUUCUUACAAAUAUCAACUGAUUUACGUCAAUUACAAAAACGAGCUGAUGUGGAUUCAAAAUCAAAAGUAGAACAAAAACCAAAAAUAAAAAGAACAUUAUCAGCAGAUCGAAAUUUUCAUCAACGUGUCAUUUGUCGUUUUGAUGCUGAUGGAUUUUUUCAUCCUGGAACUUUACAAAAAAAUCAAAAUGGUCAAUCAAUAGUUCAUUUUGAUAUGGGUAUAGAACAAGAAGCAAUUGGACAUAUUCUUUUACCAACAAAUGGUGCAAUUGCUCAACCAAAUUUAUUUAUAAAUGAUCGUGUUCUUGUCCGUCAAAAGAAUGAAAAUGAAGAGUUUUGGGCACCUGGUAUUGUAAUGGUUCUACCAUCACCAGUUGCUCAACCACCUCCUUUAUAUAUGAUAGAAAUAUAUACUCCAUCUGCACAUCAAGUUCAUGUAUAUCGUCGUAAUAUACUUAAAAUAAGUUUAGGCCUUUUUCAACGAACUCUUUUAUAUCUUCAAAGUCUUAAUCGUAAACAUGGACCAAUCGAUGGAAAUACUAAUGGAUCAUCAAAGAAUCCUUCUUUACAAGAUACUCUUCGUAAAGAACUUGAACCAUUAAAUACUAAAGUAGAACAACUUCAUCAAUCACAUAAGAAACGUUGUAAAGAACUUAAAACGGCACUCGAAUUGCAAAUGGAUGUAAUUAAACAUUUACAAGAAAGAACACCAAAACCAAAAGUUAGAUUCGAAUCGUCUCAAACAGCUGAAAUAUCAUUAAAACCAAUAGUAAAUAAACCUGAUUCGCCAAUACCAACACCAACUCCUAAGUCACCAAUACCACCAGAUUCUGAGUCAUCAACAUCAUCAGAAGAUAUUAUUCAACCAAAUACACAUGUCUAUGCUCUAUGGCGUGAUGAUGAUAGCCUUUUUUAUGAGGGUAUUGUAUUAAACAAACAAGGCGAUUCAAAUUGUUAUACUGUCCAACGAUGUGGUUUCCCUCGUAUUGAAAGCAUUAUUUCACGUGAAGAAAUAUUUCUAGAAUCGAAACGUCAACGUUUAAAAACGUUACCUCCUAAAUCAUGCGUUCUUAUUCAAUAUCCAAAACAUUUUCCAUAUUGUUGGAAGCCUGCCGUAAUACGUGAUUCUGAUAAUGAAACAACGAAAACACAUGUUCGUUUUUAUGAUUGUAUGGAUAGAGAAAUAUCAAAUAAUGAAAAUGUAAUAAAAAUUGAUGAAAAAGAUUUUGAAAAUUAUUCAACACGUCGUAUUAAAUUCGAAAUAAGUCUUCUUGAUAAAGUUAUUGUUGGUUUCAAUCCCAAGGAAAAAGUAUUUAUGUUAGGCACAAUUAUUGAACGUGUUGGAUAUGGUCAUACAUAUAUUAUUCGAUGGUGUGAUGAAUCAGAAAGUCAAGAAGAAGAAGAAUAUUUAUUUGGAGCAUUUACAAGAUCCAUACAACAUGAACUAAAUGAUUCGGUUUUAGCUUUGGAUAAUGAUCAAUAUAUUUAUAAAUUAGCAAAAGUUAUAAGUAUUUCUGAUGAUAAAAAAACAUUAACUAUUCGUUUUACUGAUCCUAAAGAAAAUAAUAGAGAAGUUGAUGUACCAUCUACUACUGCAUUUGUAACCACUGUAUCACAUUAUAACAAUAUUAUCGAGAAACCAAAUGCUUGA